AUGUACAAACUUCAAACCAAAAGGGUAAAAGCUGCUGCUGGGAAGAUGUGGACUUCAAAUAUCUUCAAGAUGAGACAAUCCCUUAAUAAUGUUUACCAUCAUUGUAAGAACCAGCUCCCAGAUUCAACUAGAAAUCCAAUUAUAACUUCCUAUGGUUGUGAUCAAAGUGACAUUAGUACUGAUGAAGAAACGAAUGUUAUAGGAAUGCUCCAAGAUAUUAAAACUGCUCAAACUGACCUCCUCAGGAAAAUGACUGAAAUUGUCAGUGCAGUAUCAAAAAUCCAGAGAAAAAGUAACUUGUAUCAGAAGCAGAUGGAGGUACUAGCAGCCAGAAUGGAUGUUAAUGAAGAUAAACAAUGCACAAUGACUACAGACAUCUUCUCUAUGAAAGAAGACAUUGAUGCUUUAAAGAAGAAGAUAAAAGAACUGGAAAACCAAAAUUCUUGCUCCAGCAUACAUUGUUCAGAAGUUCUGGAAGGAGAAAGGGGUAAAGAGGUGAUGGAACUGCUUCACAAACUCAUACAACUACAAACUUUGAAGAAAACAUUGGCCUCUGCAGACUCUGAAAUCUCUUCAGCUGAAUCAGAGAAAGCGCCCAGUUAUUUUGAUCCCACCAAUCAUAUUGAGGAAAAAACAAUUUCUCCCAAAAUUAAAAUUCUGAAGCAAAGUAACCAUCAAAAUGCAUUAAGAAGCUUUAAAAAGGCAAAGUCAAAUAUCUAUAUUUACCCAGACUUUAGUACAUGGAUCAAGCUAACUUUCGUCCAUGGAGGAAAGUGGUGAUUUUUUCUCAGUGUGACCAAGUUAGAAGAAUUCAUUCAGUGGCUUCUAUCUAGGCCAACCAUCCCUCCUGAAGAACCACAACUCAUGACCCAGAGAUAAUGUCCAUUCACUGGGCCUAUUGUGAACUUGGCCACAAUCUGUCUCUCUGUUUUCAACUACAUUCACUGUCUUUUUGGUUUUUCAAAGGAGGAAGUAACUCGACUAAAGAGUUACAUUCUGCCUCGCUUGGCACAAAAUAAAUGUAACCUCGUGGCUCCAAGCAGUCACACAGCUUUGUGGUUGCUACGAACUCCUUGGUAG